AUGUCCGACACCCCUGACACAGCCACUCACGAGUAUAACACAUCUGCGACGUACAGUCCCAAGUCUGGCGAUAAGACAGUCGCUCAGCUCAGGCAGCACUUCGAGCAACCACCACCGACUCAGAUUGACAACCGACCUGCGCGUUCGAUGUUACCGGGUCGGGGCUAUCAAAAAACCGAAGACAACGUAUUACCUGCGUUGACCUUCGACUCUGAAUCCGAGCUACCUGUAAACCGCAAGACAAGGAGCCCUUCACCCUCAAACGACCUGGAAAGUCUCCGACCGACCGUGUACAUUGCCGAUCAUCCUGGUCUUACGAUCGAUGGCGCAACUGCUGAGUCGAGUCGUCGAUUCAACAUCGAAGAAGAAAACCCAACGACGAGCUCAUCGAAAAACACGAACAACGUAGGACUGACCUCCCAAAAGUUCGUGUGGGUCAAGGAUGGCGUCCGCGUUGUCGACUUCGCAUACGCACACGCAGCGCCGAGCGCCAUGUUGUCGCCAAUGGCCGAUGUGAAGCGCGUCCGCUUAUUAUCGAAGUUCGGCCAUGCUCAUGAGUCUGAGUCUGACGUCUCAGAUACUUCGGCGCAAGCGCCUACCGAUCUCGGUGAACGCAAACCGGCGCUGAAGACGAAAAUUGCUGAUUUCCGAGCUGAGAAGCUCAACGAUAGCCAGAGUUCAAGUGAGGAUAGCCUGCUACUGCUUCCUGCCUCGGUUUCUACGCCUCCAGAACGAGGGGAAGACCUCACUGAUUGUUACAGCUUGAGUACGGAGGAUCUGCUGCUUUUUCCAAAGUCAGUGUAUACACCACUAAGUACGGGAGACAGGGACGUGGUGCACGUAUCUGAUGAAGAACCCAUGCUGAUGUUUCUCCUCGCUACGGUCUACACUCCAGUUGAUUCAGAGGUCAAGGAUAUCGUACAAGGGAGCGAUAACCUCUCACUUGUCCAUGUUCCAGCCAAUUUCGGAGGGCGACAUGCCCACGAGCACGAUGCAUAG